GGUGAAAGGUUGCGAAGAUGGCGACGGCCUUGAGCGAGGAGGAGCUGGACAAUGAAGACUAUUACUCACUACUGAACGUGCGCAGGGAGGCCACUUGUGAAGAGCUGAAAUCUGCCUACCGGAGACUGUGUAUGCUGUACCACCCCGACAAACACAGAGACCCGGAGCUGAAGUUACAAGCAGAACGCCUAUUUAACCUUGUUCAUCAGGCUUAUGAAGUGCUCAGUGACCCCCAAACCAGGGCCAUCUAUGACAUCUAUGGGAAGAGAGGACUGGAAAUGGAAGGAUGGGAGGUCGUGGAAAGGAGGCGAACCCCAGCGGAAAUCAGAGAGGAGUUCGAGCGGCUGCAGAGAGAGAGGGAAGAAAGGAGACUGCAGCAGCGAACCAAUCCCAAGGGAACCAUCAGCGUUGGAGUAGAUGCCACUGACCUGUUUGAUCGGUACGAGGAAGACUAUGAAGAUGUCUCUGGAAGCGGUUUUCCACAGAUUGAAAUUAACAAAAUGCACAUUUCCCAGUCCAUCGAGGCACCCUUGACAGCUACAGACACAGCCAUCCUUUCUGGAAACCUCUCCACCCAAAACGGGAAUGGAGGCGGCUCCAUUAACUUCGCGCUCCGGAGGGUCACUUCUGCAAAGGGCUGGGGAGAGUUGGAAUUUGGUGCCGGAGAUCUUCAGGGCCCUCUGUUUGGUCUCAAGCUCUUCCGGAAUCUCACACCACGAUGCUUUGUCACGACAAACUGCGCCCUGCAGUUCUCGGCCCGAGGGAUCCGGCCCGGACUCACCACUGUCCUCGCGAGGAACCUGGACAAGAACACUGUGGGUUACUUGCAGUGGCGGUGGGGGAUCCAGUCGGCCAUGAACACAAGCAUCGUCCGGGACACCAAGACCAGCCACUUCACUGUGGCCCUGCAGCUUGGGAUCCCACACUCCUUCGCCAUGAUCAGCUACCAGCACAAGUUCCAGGAUGAGGACCAGACUCGGGUCAAAGGAUCGCUGAAGGCGGGCUUCUUUGGGACGGUGGUGGAGUACGGAGCAGAGCGGAAGAUCUCCAGGCACAGCGUGCUGGGUGCUGCGGUUAGUGUUGGCGUCCCACAGGGCGUUUCGCUCAAAGUCAAAUUAAACCGAGCCAGUCAGACUUACUUCUUCCCGAUCCAUCUGACAGAUCAGCUGCUCCCCAGUGCUGUGUUCUACGCCACCGUGGGGCCGCUGGUGGUCUACUUUGCCAUGCACCGGCUCAUCAUCAAACCAUAUCUCAGGGCGCAGAAAGAGAAGGAGCUGGAGAAGCAGAGGGAAAGCACGGCCACAGACAUGCUGCAGAAAAAGCAAGAGGCGGAAGCUGCCGUUCGGUUGAUGCAGGAAUCUGUCCGAAGAAUAAUUGAGGCAGAAGAAUCCAGGAUGGGCCUUAUCAUCUUGAAUGCCUGGUAUGGAAAAUUUGUCAAGGACAAAAGCAGGAAGAACGAGAAGGUCAAGGUGAUUGACGUGACUGUUCCCCUGCAGUGCCUGGUGAAGGACUCCAAGCUCAUCCUCACGGAAGCUUCCAAGGCUGGGCUGCCCGGGUUCUAUGACCCCUGCAUGGGUGAGGAGAAGAAUCUGAAAGUGCUCUACCAGUUCCGGGGGGUUCUGCACCAGGUGAUGGCGCUGGACAACGAGGCCCUGAGGAUACCAAAGCAGUCUCACAGGAUUGAUGCAGAUGGAUAAACUCCCUGAGAAGCGAGAUUUAAAAGAGGCUGCAAAAAAAAUCUUGUCCUGGGAAUCUACAAAUUUGAAAGCAGGGAAAAGGCCAAACAUCAGAUGUUUUUAUUUUAUAUUAUUCCAAUAGGCAGUGGUACCGUAUCAGUUCUGUGCAGAGACACACAACCCCCCCAGCUCUCACAGGUGCUGGCCGGUGACCCGAGGCAGCCCCGCCUGGACCAGAGCCACACAGCCCUGUCAGUUGUCCCACGGAUCAUGUUCCUGGAGGGAGGGACCCUCUGGCUUCUCUUUGUGCAGGCCGCCUGCCGCCUGCCACCACCCCUGUAGUCCUUCCUCGGUCUGCCCUGAGGUGUGCGCGGAGCAUCCCACCCUCACAGUCGGAACUGCGAACCACUUCUUAUGUCCAGACUGACCGUGGAAGGUAGAGUGGGACGGAAGGAAGAAAGAACUGCACCUGGGCAGAGGCUACCAGGAUCAUGGGCAAUUUGGCUCGCCCCGCCAGCUUCCUGACCACCCUCUGGGUGGCGACAUCGCAGAGCCAGUCUGGCGUACACCCUGGGGUCUGGCAGGCUUUCUCAAUGAGAACAUCUGGGUCUGAAAUCUGGUCUUUCCCCUCCCUCCCAGCGUCUCAGCAACCAUUCCAACUGGCCCUGGCCUGGGAGAGGGGUGUGGCCCCGGUCCCAGGGCCCACCCCUGUGCCCAUCUGUCCCUUCCAGGAGUCACCUCCACCACCACCCCAGACUUGGCUGCGUGACUCGCUGUGCCCACCCAGACCUACAGCACUGGGGAGAGGCGCUCAAGACCAGGGCCUGAGACACGUGCCAAAUCCUGAGCUAGGAGGGCACGGGCUCCAGCCCACCUCGCUUGCGCUGCGCCGCAGCCCCAGCAGAUGGCGCUGCUGCUCCCCAGGAGCCGCCUCCCUGCAGGCCCCUGGUCUGACAGCAGAACCCUCACCUCCAGGGACAAACGGGCUGUGGGCUGCCGGUCCUUACCUGUUAACUGAUGCAAACAACCUCCCGCCGAGAGGGGGCCCCUGUGCUCCUGGGAGAAGGGACCGUGGGGGCUCCCUCCCCGGGCGGUGGUCCGCCCCACCCUCCAAUUCGUGAUCGCGGUUCAGGUCGUAUAAUCUCCAUUUAAACAGAUCUCUGACCUGAACCCGGAAUGUGGAUCGUGCAAUAAACCUUGUGUCGCGUGGGUCUCUGGUAACCGCCCUGUCCCUGGGCUGCGGGUGGCUCUUGUACGGAAGGCACCGUAAUAAACCUUUGCAGAAAGCUGGG